AUGGGGACAGUGCCUCAGAUUCCGCCACCAUCGUCUAUACAGAAGAAUUUACACUGGACUAAAGAAAAAUAUACUUCAGAAGAAAACGUAAUUGAGGAUUGCCGUGAACAAAUUAUCAAUUGCAUAAACUCUAAUCCAAUAACAAUAAUCUCAGGACCUCCUGGAAUUGGAAAAACUACUUAUUUGCCUCAGAUUUUAGUAGAUGAGUGCUACAUGCAAAGUCAUCGUUGUCGUAUAAUAUGCUCCCAACCAUAUCGUCUGUAUGCCCAUAUUAAUGCUGAUCGUUUAGCACAAAUACGAGGGGAAACAACUGGUCAAACAGUCGGGUAUCAAAUUCGACUGGAAUCUAAGGUUUCUCCUAAAACUUUGUUGACGUUUUGUACACAUGGAGUGCUACUGAGGACAAUAUGUGCAGAUUCAAGAAUUAUGGCUGGUAUCACACAUAUCAUAGUAGAUGAAAUAGAAGAUAACGAAAUACCGGAAAACUUACAUUUAACAAAACUGCAAAACACUGACGCUAAACUAAUGAUGUCUACAGACAGUAAUGGUGAAACAGAUAAAUCAUGGCGUGCUGAUAAUCCAGAAGUAGGCUAUGGGAUUUUGUUGGCAAUUAUACCUUCUCUUUUGACUCAGUACCAGCAUUUAAAAGUGAUUCUUGUUGUUAAUUCUCGCAUGUAUACGCACGAUUUUUGUCACAAAAACAUACUUAGUGAGAUUAGAAAUCCAAUGAAUUUGAUAAACGCUCCAAACUCUGUUCCGAUAACCUACUGUGAAAUUCAGAAUACUACUGCACAACACAAAUAUGAGAUUUCAUCUAUAAAUUUUAAAGGUCAAGCACGACAGAAGUUCAAUUUAAUUGAUAAUGGCUUCGACAAACUCACUUCAGUUUCAUCACAUUCAAUAGAUAAUAACCCUUCUCCUGAUUUUACGGCAAAGGAUAGACCACCGAUCGCAAAAAUACAGAAUAAUAUAUCAUCUGAAAAUGUAGUCUAUAAACAAUUACAGGGUUUUAAUGUUGUACGCUGUCGUAAUAUGUAUUUUUGGCUUACAACUAAGGAAUUUGAUAAAUAUAUUCCAUGUGCGUAUCACAUUAUUACAACUGACGAUGCAAAUACAGUCAGUAUGGUUGAAGACAAAACAUUCAAUACAUCCGUGUCUAAUGCCGUACCAAAGAAACCUCGAGUACUUCCUGAAGUUCAUGCUGUAUCAUAUUUGAAAUAUGAUCAAAUAUUGAAUCAAACAGACGACUGUGCAGAGGUUUAUUCAACAGAUUUUGCAAACAAACACGCAAAUAACUUACUAUGGAGUAUUUGGCUUCAUACAGUUCUUGACCUCAAUAGAAACGAAUUAAAUAAACAACAUAUGAAGAAAAUAAAUGAAAUGGAAUUCACUGAGGUGAAAAAUUCAUGUCUGACAAAUUUACUUCAGUGUAUUCUAGCUGGCUGGAUUUCUGUUGAUUACGAACACUCGAAUUCUGGAUUGACUCCAAUGAUGGUGUGUUCUGCUGGUGGUCUCCUAGAGGCUGUUAAAUGUCUAUUGAAUCAUGGAGCUGAUCCAUUUCUGCGUGUGGCUAUGCCUUACGAACCUUUAAUUGGACUAGCUCGUAAGCAAUGUGAAGAUUUCAAACUUUUUGGUCCAAAGAAUCGAAAAAUCUCAAUCAAAGAUGAAAAUUACACUACCGUAGGAGUUACAGCUUAUGAUUUAGCUUGUAUAUUCGAUAAUAACGAAGUUGCAAACUUAUUGAAAACAUAUAUGAUUAAUUCAAGCCUUCGAUACGAGCCUGAAAACUGGGAGGCUAUACUUCUAAGAUUUGGAUCUUGGUUUCAAAGUCCGAUAGGCAGAUCACAAUUUGAUGAUUGUACUUUCAACGAUCACCAACCAUUCGCAACUGAUUUAGAUAGUUUUGGAGAAACAAAAGUAUUAACGAAUUCCCUGAAUUUCCGUUACAAAUUACUUUCAUCCUAUCAAUCAGCUAGAAACAAUAUGGAGCCAGAAACGGUAGUGGAUUAUGAUCUUCUAACGGCAUUAAUUGUGAAAAUCGACAGUUCGUUACCAAGAGGUGUAAUAUUAAUAUUUCUACCAUCAUAUGAAGAGAUUAUAACACUACGAGGACGAUUACUGGAUCCUGACACUUCUCCAUGGAAAUCGUCAGAAAAUCCCUUAAUAUUUAUUAUUCACCCUCGAAUGCUUGUUGCUGAUUUGAAAAUUAUAUAUGCUCAGUCUUCACGUUCGCACCGUAAAUUAAUACUUUCGUCAAGUAUCGCAGAGACAUCCAUGACGUUUGAUGAUGUCGUUUAUAUUAUUGACUGUGGAUUGAACUGUGUGGAGGAGUUCCUUGAUUGGACUCAAACCACAUCUCUAAGAAACCAAUGGAUUUUAAAGUCAAACGCAAUUCAAAGAACGUCGAGAGUUGGAAAAAACAUAAACGGAGUGUGUUUUCGUUUGUACAGUAGUUUACGCUACAGUUUUCUUUCUGAACAAAGACAUGGAAGUCUAAGUGGACAUGUUGUUGAAGAGAUGUGUAUUCAAGCCCGACUACUUGCAUCAUCAAACAUUUCCUUACAAACAGUACUGAGUGCAUUGCCGAAACCACCUUCACUUAAAUCUUCUGAAAAGGCCAUUGAAACUCUAAAAGAAAUGGAUAUAUUGGACACUUUUGAAGAAUUAACUGAAUUGGGUUAUCAUAUUUGUGACAUGUCUAUACCACCUCGUUAUGCUAAAAUGGUUCUAUUCAGCGUUGUAUUAAAAUGCCUUGAUCCAAUUCUUACAAUUGCAUGCAUACUGUCGUACACGGAGCCAUGCAUUACUGAAAAAAAUUACCUCAUUAACAUGACUUUUACAAACUGUCUGUUUAGAACUCAACUACUUGGGCAAAUUAGAGCUUCUGGCUUCGUAAAAACGAAAGGAAGUGAAGAUAUUCGAGACCUUAACAGCAAUUCGGAAAAUUGGGCUGUUGUCAAAGCUGCAAUUGUAGCUGGUCUGUAUGGAAAUUUAGCUCAAGUAGAUAGGAAGAAUUCGUGUUUGAGAAUAGUAAAUGGAAAUUCAUCGCCAGUUGUGCUUGAUCCCCAAUCUGUGAUUGCCACAAAUUCCAAUGGAGAAGAAAUGAACGUAAACAAUUUACCUUGUGAUUGGCUUGUUUUUAAUGAAGUGCUUACUUUAACUGAUCCAAAGUUACACGCCUCUCCGGAAUCUAGCAAUGCAGAUCACAUGGCGUUAAAGAAACUAAAGAUCAUACGAUGUGUUAGUAUCGUUUCACCAAUUACUGUAGCGCUAAUGGGCGGAUCAAUUAGAGUAUGUCCACAGAUAGAAAAAGAAACCCAUUCGAUUGCAAAUGACCUGAAUCUUAAAACAUCUUUGGAAGAACUACAAAGGCAGAAGUGCAAAAACUCAGUUCACAAACAAGAAGUCUGUAGUGGUAUAGGUAACAAAAAUGAAGAUAAUGCCGGCAAAGCUUGCAUGAAUCCAAAAGACAGAUUGGAAAAUGAUUUAAACUCUAAGUCUGUUUCAGAAAUCAAUAUGAUUGCCACAUCGCUUUUGGAAAACAAUGGACAAUCGCUAUACAUCCAACAAAAAACAAUCAAGCAAAAUCCAUGCAGUAUGUUGUCUGACUCGGAUACGACAAGAAGUUCUAGUUUUAAAAGCUCGGAACUAGAUGAUUCUGCUCUAAAAAUGUUAAAACAUUUUAAUUCUUUGCAUAACUCAGACUGUUCCGAUAAUGUAAAAUCACUGUCUUCACAAAAACAGACUAAACUUAGUCAUCCGUCAGUAGAACAACCGAAUAUAGAGUCUUCAUUAUCAACAAUAGACCAGAAAAAUAAUGUCGUAUCAUUUCAUUUAGAUCCAUAUAAAUUUCUUCGAUUCACCGUAAAUUCAAAUGAAGCAUUAAUGGUGACAGAAUUAAGACAAAAAUGGCAUGCUUUGUUUCUGCGUCGUUUGAAAAAUCCAGGGAAACAACGUUCACAACAAGAUGAGGCAGUUUUAAAGUGUUUGGUCAAUGUUUUGACCAAUGAAGAAAAGGCACUAGGAUUACGUCAACCAUUCGGUGUUGGGGCACGUCCUCGUCCUAUGACAGUAGAACUUUAUAAUCGGGUUGAUGACGAUCCUAAAGAUAUGAAAGUAAUUAGUGAACAGCCUGUGAGUAAUAGAUAUGGAUCGAUUGUUUUUACCACUGCAGAAAAUAACAUCACUAUUCCUAUAUUUUUAUCAAACACGAGCUCGGUAAAACAAAACAAUUUUAGAUAUAAUUAUUCCUCAAUCACAAAUCCAAAACUAACACAAGUUUUAAGUAGCAAUAAUUUCAACAAACCCCGCGAACAGUAUUCGUUUCAAGCUUACAAAGACGAUAACAACACAAGUGUGUACAAUCCAAUCAAACAAAUAAACAGUUCAAGUACAGAAAUAUGGAAAUAUCAUCUCCCUUCAAAUACAACUGACGACAUUGAUCCCAUGUCAGUCUACCAACCGUGUAAAGUUAAUAUUUCAUUAUCAGAAGGCAAGGACAAUUUAACAAUCAGUGAUAUGAUUAAAAAAUUUUCAGAAACGCAUAUUAACAUUCAAAACUUUAAAUGUGAUUCGUUACCUAAUUUAAAACGAUUGGAUGUAAUGGAAAAUAAAAAACACCAAAGCAGUGAAUACGAAAUUCUAAGAAGUAAAAUACGUCAUCUUCCGACCACAUCUGAAGGUAAAAACAGUCCAGGUACUCUGUAUGGUCCUCAUCCUCUAAAUACUGUAACUAAUCAUUUUGAUGUUACCUAUCCAACUGCUAAUCAUAAUAACAUAACAAUAGGAAAUGAUAUUGUUUUUCGUGACAUCAAUGAUAUAAUCUAUGCAUUAUUAAAUGAUAUAAACAAAAAUUAUAACUGAGUUUAUUUCAUUAUUCGACAGUGUGAUUCAAGCAAGAUCAUAUACUAGUUCAUCAUUUGUUAUUGACUGCGUUCAUCUGCACAACUUCCGUUUGUUUAUAUUUUAACUUGUUGAAGUAUAUUUUUGGUUGCUUUUGUCAUUUGUUCAGUUGCAUUUUCAACUUUAUUCUCUCAUCUCUUCGUUUACUAACUGAAUGGGGAAGGGUUAAUAAUCAAGUGACUGAUAAAAAGUACAACUUUAAAGUAUUUCAUUAACACCACUAGUCAGCUCUGAUAUAGAAUGACAACAUAUGUUAGUUGAUUUGUCUUAUCACAUCACUAGUAAUACAAAUUCUGUUCAUCACGUAAAAUUUAACUGAAAGAUGAUAAAAACAAGUUCACCGACUUAUGCACAUAUAUGAAGCUUGUGAAUGGUAAACUUACGAAAACCAGUAUCGUUUCAGACUUGAUCAUGAAUGAAUCGAUCAAAUACUCACUUCAUCAGGUUUUAGAACACAGGAAUACUUUCUGACAUCUGGCUAUAAUUGUAUUUCUUUGUAGACUGACAAGCUUUGUAGCAGUGUCACAUAUUAUUCUUGACGUCAUUGUAAAAUGUGGAAAUAAAAAACAUGGCUGCCUAAAUAUGAAAAGCGUCAUGAUAAGACUAUUUGAGUUAUGCUUUAUACGAAUCAACUGUUAACAUUCGACAGUCAAUAAAAAGUGAUAUUAAAAAGAAAAUGAAAAUAUCUUUUCUUUUUACCUUCUCUUUAUGAAUAUACUGACUAUUAACUUCGGAGUUUACCAGCGGGAAUCCUGACUGUUCAAUGCAUUUCCAAACAUGUAAUUGUAUACUUUAAUCAUCCAUUAUAACUUAUCGUAC